AUGAGCGCUACCACAACAACACAGGCUCCUAGAAGAGGCCAUUUUCACAAGAGGUCUUCUGCCAUUAGUGGUGAUUUUGAUGUGAGCUUUUUCAUGCCCCCUCAACAGCAACUGGGGAACAAUAGCUCCAACAGCUUAUCCGUCAACGGGUCUUCCAGGUCCAACCAGUCAUCUUUGAUGUCUCGCUCGGUUCCCAGCUCUGUCACUUCCAGCCCGCUCAGGCCUUUUGAUUCUCAGUCGAUUGAGAACACUGACUUGCCAAUAGUGCAAAUCCUGACUCCAGAUUGUUCCGAAUUGAAGGCAUUUGCUCCACCUGUUCUGACUACUCCGGCAACUCCGGCGUCGCCUCCAACGCGCUUCUUUGUGACUGAGGAGGCGCAAAUCGACAGGUUCACCAAUAUCCCAGAUGCUGUGAUCAACCUAGAUGACAUCUUGAACCUGAAGACCGCAAAUACGAUCAAGCACAAGCGGACAGGCAGUGCACCCGAGCUGGAGAACUUCUUCAAUCCUCCCAGUUCUGAUAAGCGUUUUACCUUGGGCUCGCCCCAGAGAACUGAGAAUCCAAUUGUGGAGGACAUUGAAGAGGAAGAUGAGGAUGAACUUCGGUUGUUUGGCCAGAGCGAUUCCUCGUCUUUGGCUUCUAAUUGCAAAUUGACUCUGGACAACUCUUCCAACCAGUCUUUGAACUCAAAUAACUCCAGUCUUCAACAGCAGCAACAGCAGCAGAACCCUAGGAUUUCCGGUGUCUCUUCCAUCAAUACCCCGAGCAUCAACUCGCUUCGUGGGAAGGUGAGAUACCAGUCUUACUACAACAACCAGCUGUCUUCGUCUACCCCAAACAGUCUGAAGCGUUCGAGUCUAGAUUCGUGCAACAACAACAAGGAAAACCUGUUUCUGCGUUCUUCUAGAUCUUUACAGCAGGGAAAGAGUCUGAUGCCUCCUCCUUCGUCUCUUGGUGCGAACUCCAACUCCAACUCGAGAUCGCCAGUGAGAAACUCCGUGCGGUUCGGGUCGGGUCUCAAGACCUCAGUGAGCCCUUUCCAGUACGAAAGUGUUCCUUACGAUAUCCCUAAAGGGUUUCAUCGUGACCACGGUUACUCCCAAUCUCUGGGUUCCUUCUCGCAGUCGUCUAGUCAAUCGGCAUCUCAGUCGGCAGGACAUUCGCAUUCUUCCUCUAGACUCUCAAUCUCCAGGUCGAGAUCACCAGUUAAGAAGUCUACAGUUGCAGGAAAUGCAUCUACGGUAGCUUCCAAGCGUGAGCACAAGAAAAGCAACUCGCUGUUCAACUCGCUGUCGAGCAGGUUUCAUAGGCGGAACUCUUCCUCGAAGACUCACAAGUCCAAGAACUCCAUAAUAUACAACGAACUCAUGGGCGAUAUUUCACCUGAAUCCACUGGAAUGGACACCACACUGAGAAAUGAUGAUACCACAAUAAUUCACAACGAUGAUGAUCUUAUUUUUGGCGAGCCAGGUCCAAUGGUGACCAAGAACGUGGCUGAGUCCAACGGAUCCCUGCAGAAAACUGAGCUUUUACAAGUUCCACCCCUCUCUAAGCCCUCAAGGCUGUUCGGGUGGAUGAGAAAAAGACGCGAGAGUAAUGAUUCCAAAUGA